UCACAGAGUGGACUUCAGAGCGGAACCGCCGGCCUACGAGCGCAGUCCGUAAUGAUCAUGCAUGCAGCCGGGAUGGCGGACCCUAGCGCUAGUCUUCUUGGCGCUUCUGCUGGCCGUACGUGCUCAAGAACAGCCAGACGAGGAGGACGAGGACUCGUCCGAGACGCGUCGGAUACGUCAUGCUGUGCGUAGUCAAGACCUUUCCUCUGAAGAAGAAGACCUGGACGAUGACUCUAUGGACGCUGUAAAGCACCCGCGCGGCACGAGCCGAUACAUGCAACUUUUUUUCCGCACGGGAUACAACUUGGUGAUCCAAGCCAACGGCAAGGUCAACGGGACGCGAGAGGACAGGAACCGAUACGCUGUCCUUGAAAUGAACGCUGUGGCAGUGAAGCUCUACAGCAUCCGGGGGGUUGUCAGCGCACGCUACCUCUGCAUGAACAGGAGGGGUCAGCUCUCCGGGCAGAAGCGCCGCUCGGAAAAAUGCAUCUUCCAGCUGCAGGAACUGCCCAGCGGGUACUCCACUCUGUCAUCGAUGCGGUACUCGCGAGGUACUCGAUGGCGAUGGUACCUCUCCAUCGGCAAGAACGGCCACGUGAAACGUGGCCGCCGGCCCAGACAGAAAGGAACCAACUUCCUCCCCAGAAGCGUCAAAGACUUUCGGCCGUGAUGGAUUAUUUCGCAAAACGGACGCAGGCAACACUGUGUGUAGAACGCCCCAAUUACAUGAUCCCAUCCGGUGUCAGUGCAUCGUGCCAGUGCGCUGAAUCUUGCAGUUCCUUAAAAAGGCUAUUUUGCCCAGGAAGGCUCUAAGAGAUCUGAAGAAAGAGAAGAACUCUCGUUGCAAGUGUUCUGACUUCGCGAAAGAACGUGUCCUCUUGUCCUCUUCGAAUGCUGUUGCUCUUUCGCAAGAGGGGCUGUGUUGUGAGGGAUGUCUGAGUGAUGCGAAAUGCUGAAUUUAUUUGUCAAUGUACGUAGAUGUGUAGCGAAGUAUGAAUGUUGACUAGAGGACUCGUUUUUUUGGGAGCUCUAUCGUUUUUUAAUCUUGUUUUAACUUGUAAACAAAUAGAAUGUUGGCCGUUUUUUUCGCGCCAAUGGGAUUGUAUUUUUCUGUCUUCUAGGAAUAACAACUCCACUUCCAGUUAUGUUCCUUUCAGCACAAUUUAUUCCUAUGCCUCAAACAGUGCACACCAAUAUUAAGGAGCAAUACUGCGUUCGAUAAAAGACUGUCUCGACCGUGAAAACGCAGUGUACCAGACAAAUAUGUAAGCCGUUGCGUUUUUUGACCUUACGAAAAAUAGGUUUUCAAGAAGCGUUUCGAGGAAUGACAAUUGUGCUGACCGAAAAAGGAGCCCUAUGUGCUCUCAGGUCAGGUGCUGAUCAGCAGUAACUCUGAAAUAUAUUUUGUCCAAAAUUGCACACGUGUCACGUGUCUACAGUGUUUCCCUCUCCAUCUGUCAUACUUCGAGAACUAGAAACGAAAUCACGAUCUGCUAUUGAGAUACGACUCUUCUGACGUUGGUAUAUUAUCACAGCUCCGAAAGCGCACAGUGCAGGAUGUUUCAAUGCUAUCUUUAGACCAUACAAGAUCUGGGGGCUUAAUCGCUUCAUCUUCGUUACGGUCGUUACAAGCUAACGAGUGGCCGGAAAUUAAAAAAGGUGGGCACGUGACACAUUGCGCGUGACGUGUACCACGGCCUUCACGUAUCGCGCGAAGAGCGCACGUGUUUUAUCACGUGCCCACUUUUUUAAGUUUCCCGCCCGCCUUUUUGAAUUUCCCGCCACUCGUUAGCUUGUAACGACCGUAACGACGAUGAAGCGAUUAAGCCCCCUGGUCCGGUCCCGAAUGUGAUGUAGUCAUUAGCAGUCCCACCAGUCAGAGCCAUGCCAUAGCCAGAAAACGAUCCACCAUGAGUCAAAUAAGGCGUCACUUCUGGCCUCAAGUUUUCUGCAGGGGAUUGCCUGUAGCAGACUACAGCGGGAUUCCAUGUGUUCCAUGCGUCUCUGUUGCAAAGUAAGCAGAGGAGGACUAUAGAGGGCCACUUUUGUCUAAAGCGCCCGCAUAUGCCUCCUUUCCUUUCUUCACGUGUUUGAGGGGGGGGGGGGGGCGAUAUAGCUUGCCGUUGCUGGCCACACCCGAGUGGGCAUCGUCACGACUAUAGCAAAAAUAAAGAAAAAGAAGGGGAGAAGAUGAGAGUUCAACGCUGAGGUAUAGGCAGGAUGAACGGUACUGAUGAGAUGGAAGUGCGCUGUGGAUGAGAGGUGCACUAGAGGGGUCUUUGCCCGUGGGGACGAGGCCCGAGGGGACGAGGCCCGUUUCUUGGAGGAUCUUGCUGUUGUUGUUGAUAAAAAAUAAUAGGGAGAGAUUGAAUUCGUCUUGGAGGAAACACACAAUUUUGCCAUCAGUUUCAGCCAAUCGCAGCAGACCGUUUUAAUCGCAGAAAGCCUCAGGAUUCCUGUGUGGCUCGCCGUCUGGCUAUGGCUGCUGAAAGAAUUGCUGUGAUUGGAAGAUGUCUCAAAUGAAAACUUCAUGUUCAAUAGUGGCCAGAACUUGUUUGGUAUAGAUGGCGUUGGCCAAGGUUUGCUUCUCCCUUUGUACUUGCGCUUAGAAAGUCAUACUUACGUAUGUAGACACGUGAUCUAAAAUAACAAAUACUCAGAAUUUGUGCGUGAAUACGUCGCAUAGUUCAUUACAGGCUAGGUAAUCUGUUCUUGAGCUACGUAAUGUGUUAUGUGGAGCACCGUCCGUAGGUAAGGUGCUGGAAUUGUUGCCUAUGCUGUGUCACCGAAACCUCCGUUUUGUCAGGACAGCAUUUGACCCGUCAAAAUUAGUGUUUCUGACUCCAGUCCCCAGUAUCUUCACGUGACGCGCGUAGUUAUACAUCGUGCUGCUUUAGUCGUCGCACUUUAGAGGCUUGCAUUCCAACAAUUUCCCCCUUUCUUAGUGUUUCACCAGACAUUGAACAAACUGUCUCAAAUAAACACGCACGACUGGGAACACAACACGUAGUACAAACCUGAAAGUACUCUAACAAUCUCAGUGCUGCAACGCCGAUGCCCAAUUCUCAAGCAAAACCUUUCUGUCUUUUCCCCUCGGACAUACCCAGGGUUAUCCAAGAUAAAGUAUCAUCACUCCUUCUGCUCUGUAAAUAUAAUGCAGACAACUUUUUGCAAUAAUGUAUGAUAUGCUAAAAAAUUGUGUCUAAAUUUUUGCAGCGCUGAGAUUUCUGCGCAAAAUUACGAAAAAUUCAAAAGGGGUCGUUCCUAUGCAUUGUCAAUACCCUAAUCCACCGUCCUCUCGAGCAGACUGGGAAUCACUUCGGCUUCGCAGUUUACACUAGGAGGCGUAUUUACUGAAAGUCUCACAGCAGUAAACAUAAGCAGUACACAUCAGUUUUCCUUUAACUUGCGCGAUCUAUUGACAAAUAACUGACAAAGUGGAAACUUUUAUACAAACCUUUAGCUCGUAAUAUGCAAUACAAAGUAUAGUUUAGCUCCUAACCUGGCUUUUUAUUCAUUUCAUCACCUUUACAGUCUCCGUACUCUUCCUUGGAUAUACCUGUACAAUGAUUCCACCCCUGUACAACGUAACAUGUUGCAACCUACAUCAACUCAAACGCGGGCAGCACCCGCGCGUUUAUGCGUAUUAUGAAGCGCGUUUAUGCAAAGCUGUACGAAAGACCCACAAAGUCAAACAGCAGUUUGUUUGUGGAACUGCCAACCGUUUCAUAGUCAACACUCAGGUAACCCGUCAUUGUUGCUGUAGCGAAUAUGUGUCUCGCUAUCCCCAAAGAGUUAAAAGUUGGAAACCAUCUGUGUAACUUUAGCACGUUCAGCCAUGUGUAGAUAGUGAAGCAUGCCACCAUGUCUAUUUGUUCUUCCAGUUUUUUUAGUGGUUGUUACAGGUGUACUGUACAUACUACUGCAUUUAUAGCUAAUAUAGUAGAAUGACUUCUUUGUUAUGACAGUCCUGUGUUGUUUAGUACACGUGCCUAGGAAAACGAACAUAAAUCGUUGUGAAAGAACGAACGGUGUCUCAUUUCACUGUGAGGGCUUGGUGGGAGAAAGACUAAAAUAAAAUAGAAAGUGUGGCGC